UUUGAAAAGGUUGUUAAAAUGAGACAGAUUUGUACUCAGCUCAAUUUUGAACAAAAAAGAAAAUGUAAUCUUACAACUUCUAAAACUGAUAAUGCGUUACCAAUUCAAGAUAAUGAUCAACAUAUAAAUCAUAAAGCUGUAUUAGAUGAUUAUCAUGAAAUGCAAGAAAAUAUAUCAACUGUUAAACAAUGA